AUGUCAACUCAUUCAAAUCACCCAUUUCAUUUAGUAGAUUAUAGCCCAUGACCUUUAACUGCUUCAAUUGGUGCAAUAACUACAGUUGCAGGAUUAGUAAAAUGAUUUCAUCAAUAUGAUAAUUCAUUAUUUUUAUUAGGAAAUAUUAUUACAAUUUUAACAGUUUAUCAAUGAUGACGAGAUGUAUCACGUGAAAGUACAUUUCAAGGACUUCAUACUUUAGCUGUUACUACAGGAUUACGAUGAGGAAUAAUUUUAUUUAUUUUAUCUGAAGUUUUAUUUUUUGUUUCUUUUUUUUGAGCUUUUUUUCAUAGAAGUUUAUCCCCUUCAAUUGAACUUGGAGCAAUAUGACCUCCUAUAGGAAUUACCCCUUUUAAUCCUUUUCAAAUUCCUUUAUUAAAUACAGUAAUUUUAUUAACUUCAGGAAUUACAGUAACAUGAGCUCAUCAUAGUUUAAUAGAAAAUAAUCAUUCACAAACUACUCAAGGAUUAUUUUUUACAGUAUUAUUAGGGGUAUAUUUUACAAUACUUCAAGCAUACGAAUAUAUUGAAGCUCCUUUUACUAUUGCUGAUUCUGUUUAUGGGUCUACAUUUUUUAUAGCAACAGGAUUUCAUGGACUUCAUGUAUUAAUUGGAACAACUUUUUUAUUAGUAUGUUUAAUUCGUCACUUAAAUAAUCACUUUUCAAUAAAUCAUCACUUUGGAUUCGAAGCAGCUGCUUGAUAUUGACAUUUUGUUGAUAUUGUUUGAUUAUUCCUUUAUGUAUCAAUUUAUUGAUGAGGAGGUUAAUUUAUUA